UUCCUGCAAAUCAUGGACAUGCAACCCAGACAAAGCUCUCGGACCAAUACAAAAUGCCGCCGCCGUCGAGGUGUCAGCACAAAGAAUCAGACAAUGUGUCUGCCUUGCCCGCCAAGCUGUGACACGGCAGAUGGGGCUGUGCGGUCGCACUGCCAGACCUAACUGAAGAGGACGCCAUUGCCGCCUGACAUCAUUUCCGUCUCAUCCACACCUUCACUCAAAGAGAAAUAAAAAGGGGUAGACAGUUUGAAUACAAAAUCCAUCGCUGACGACGGGUUAGCGCCCGAUUGAGGAUUCACAGCGCAGUCAAAUAGUACCUAGGCAAUUAGAAAUGGACCCCUCAAAAGCGAAACCCUCAAAGGAAAAUCCCUCGACAGCACCACCGCCAGAGCGGCCUCCAGCCGGGCCGAGCACGGAUGAACCGCCCGCUUACCAAACCGAAGGCGCCGGCCCCGAUCCCGACGAGAGCCUCGGGCCCGCCGAUCUCGUCAUCCACGGCCGCUUCAUCUACCCGCUGGGACCGUCGGGCGACGCCGACUCGGAGCCCACCUACCAGCUCUCGCGCGCCAUCCACGCCCAGGGCAUCGUCACCGAGAAGAUGACGUUUGAGCGCCUGGACGUGCACGUGCGCACCGCCUCGGACGGCACCCCGCGCCUCGCGAAGCGGGCCAAGGAGCUGUACGAGCUGGACCACAAAAGGGAGAUGCCACACCUGGGCUUUGGCUUCCAGGCCUGGAUGGAGCCGAGGUCGAGAAAAACGCUGGGCAAGGUGGCCAUCCAGAAGAGCCCCCUUCUUCAACGCGGCUAUCGCGCGGUCAAGGUCGUUUCAGACCACGAGAAGCGCUGGCUGGAAAAGCAGGGCAAGAAGGUCGACGACGGGCAGUACCACUUUGCUAUCAAGGAGCACGGCAGCGUUUGGCAGUGGAGCGACCCCGGCGGGAGGGUCGUGGCCACCGAGGUACGCGAGAGGAACGAUGCCGGGGCCCGGCAGGACGAGUACAGACUGAGAGUGGUGGUGCCCCUGCCGCGGAGCGCGCGGGACGGUCUUGUCGCGCUGUGGUGUCUGUGGAUGUGGCAUAUCCACGUCGAGGAGAACACGCCCAAGAAGACGUGGGGAGAGCGCAAGCGGAUCAUCCAGAUGCCGUUCAUGAGUUAGAAAUACCGGGAUUGGUCAACCGAGC